AUGUCUGACUUGCCCACAAUUCGCAUCGGCUAUGUGCCUGAGCACUACCUAACCCCACUCCAUCUCGCCCUCCGUUCCCCGGCUGUUGCCUCCCUCUCAUUCAAAAUCGUCCCAACCCCCUUCCCCUCCGGGACGGGACAUAUGAUCACAUCCCUCCGCGGCAAUGAAAUCGAUAUCGCCAUCGGUUUGACAGAGGGAUGGGUCGCAGGCCUGGCCGGAAAGCAACAAGCGAGCCAGACCUCCGCCGAUUCAGAUGGCGGAUACAAGGUUAUCGGCCACUGGGUAGACAAUCCUCUGCGCUGGGCUAUCGUCACCGGCCGCAAUAGAGAUGAGAUUAAUGGGGUGUCAGACCUGAAGGACAAGAGGGUUGGAGUCAGCCGGCUGGGAAGUGGCUCUCAUAUCAUGUCCUUUGUUCUGGCCCAGCAACAAGGCUGGAAAGCUGAUUCCUUGACUACCGUCCCUCUGGGACCGUUCGGACCCUUGCGGGAUGGCAUGUCCGGCCUCGAUGAGUCAAAGCCCGACGAGCCCGCGAACCCCUCCGCUGAGUUCUUCAUGUGGGAAGAAUUCACCACGAAGCCUUACUUCCACCCCACAGCUGAGAAGCCGAACCCGCCGCUUAAGAAGAUUGGCGAGAUUUUCACCCCGUGGCCUUCAUGGAUGAUUGUCGCUUCUACUGCUCUAUUCCCUAACCCUGAGCAAGACCAGCGCUUGGAGAGUCUCUUCCAGGCUCUGGAUCAGGGAGUCAAGGAUUUCGAGGCUGAUACAGCGAGUGUUGUUAAGCUUUUGGGUACUGGCGAGCUCGGUUGCAAUUAUAUCGAGGAGGAUGCGACAGAGUGGCUUAAGGAUGUCAAAUUCACUAAUGCUACUCGGGGCGUUGAUGAUAAGAUUAUUGGUGGUGUUGUCGAUGUGCUCAAGGUGGCUGGUGUUAUUGACUCGGCUAUGAGUAGUGAUGAAGCUAUCCAGCGUGUCAUUGGGAUUAAGAGAUAG